AUGCCGUCAACAACCAUCUUUGGAGCCACGGGCCUCACAGGCUCCCACAUUCUGGGCCAGAUCCUGGCCGCCCCAACGUCUCCCCUUCACCCCGUGACAACCAUCACCCGUCGCGCGCCCAAAUCCACAAACGACGCCCUCACAGCCACCGUCGAGGAAGACACAUCAAAAUGGGCGUCUCUGGCCGCCUCCAGCGCCCCCGAGGUCGUCAUCAGCGCCCUGGGUACCACACGCGCCGCCGCCGGCGGUGUGAAGAACCAGUGGAAGAUUGACCACGAUCUCAACAUUGAGAUUGCCCGCAAGGCCAAGGAGGCCGGCGCCAAGACGUUUGUCUUUAUGAGCUCCGCGGGCACGCGUGGGCCGGGCAGCGCGUACAUGCCGUACUGUCAGAUGAAGAACGGCGUCGAGGACGCCAUUAAGGAGCUUGACUUUGAGCACGCCGUCAUCGUGAAGCCUGGCACGAUCCUGGGUCCGCGUGAGCACACGCGCACGGCGGAGGGUCUGUGGCAAAAGGUCGUGGGCGGGCUGGGACAUGUUGCCCCGGGCGCCAAGAAUGCCCUGGGACAGGAUGCGGACGUUAUCGCCCGCGCGACGAUUCGUGCGAUUGAGGCGGCGGUUCGGGGCGAGGCCAAGGAGAAGUUCUGGGUGGUGGACUCGAACGAGAUCCUCAGCCUGGGCAAGCAGGAUCCUGCCGCGAAGCCCGCAGAGGAUGUGAAGCAAUGA